AGUAAAAUUUAUCCGAAGACGUAACGAUUUUGAAUUUUAUGCGGGCAACAGGGUUAAAACUUUUGAGUUGGGAAGCUUCGUAUAUAUACAUACGAUACAUACAAACUCGGGUACAUGCAUAUGUUUGUGCGCGCUGUGUGUGUAUUCGGACACUGUUUUGAAGCUAGGGUUUGCAAAAUUGGAGUGUUUGAGCCAUGAGAAAGAAGCUUGACACUCGGUUUCCGGCGGCUCGAAUAAAAAAGAUAAUGCAAGCUGAUGAGGAUGUAGGGAAGAUUGCUAUGGCCGUACCACUUCUAGUAUCUAAAGCUCUGGAACUAUUUCUGCAAGAUCUAUGCAACCGGACGUAUGAGGUUACCUUGAAACGGGGGGCAAAAACUCUAAGUUCUUUGCAUUUGAAGCAAUGUGUACAAAGCUUUAAUGUUUUUGAUUUCCUGCGGGACACCGUACAUAAGGUACCUGACUUGGGUGGUGCAGAUGCUGCGAACGAGGAUAAGUCUACUACAAAAAGAAGGAAGUUUUCAGAGGAUGAAGAGUCUGGUAAUGAGGAUGGCUCGAAAAGGAUAUGCAUGCGUGAGACUAGCCAAACCAGCAGCAAUGGGAGAAGCAGGGGUAGGGGCAGGGGCAGAGGUCGUGGCAGAGGUAGUCGAACAUUGCACAAAGAAUCACUUGAUCAGUAUGAAAAACUUGAAGAUAAUUCUGACAUCUCUAACCAGAGUGGCAAUAACCAAAAAGAAAACCUAGAAAGGUCAUGUAGUGUUGUAGCUGAUACUGCUGCAGAUUCAAGAACUACAGGCAAAAAAGAUGCAGAUAAGGCAGUAGUUACUUUUGACCUCAAUGUUGAUUUAAAUGAGAAUGGGGACUACACCCUUACCUUAGCUGGAGCCCCUUCUGACUCUUCCGAAAAGCCAUCUCGUGGAACAAGACAUGAAGAUAUUCCUGGAUGGUCCCUUGAUAGCAUGGAAAGGCUGGCUAUUGAUGUAGUUCAACUUGCCAGUUUAAAUAAGAGAAUGAAUGAGGAAGAUGAAGAUUAUGAUGAGGAAGGAUGAUUUGCUGCAAUGUUGCUAUUGCGUCACAUUUUACCUGCAUCUCGUACAGCUUAGUAACUUAGUUUGCUAAUAAUAUGGCUAGAUGUAUAUAUGUGACUGAAAGAAUGUUUCUAGGUGGUCUAGGAUUUUAACAGAUUGACGUAGAGCAUUAAAAGUUUCCUUGUUCUCUUAUUAGUGAUUCUGUACAAUAUGUAAAAGUAACCAACAUCAACUUUUUAUUUAGGAUAUGCAAAACUUAGUAUACUUUUGUCA